AUGAUGCUUAUGAAGAUGAUGCAUAUUCAGAGGCAACAACAAAAAUGGUUUCUUUCUUUAAAGACCGUUAAUGAUACAGCUGAAAGAGCUGUAAAGCCUAUGCAAGUUUUUAUGGUUCGAUCACUGCAAAGGAAGAGCAAAAGCAUCAUUUGCUGCGUUCAGGAGCAUAGAAAUCUGUAUCCAUACUGUAAAAAAGAAACCAUCAAAAGAAAAUAUCCUGCCCGAUCUCAAAACCACUUAGUUUGCGCAAAAAGCGGUCUGGUCCGCGAGGCUAUUGCACCUCGGUUUCCUGACACAGCGGUGAAGCUUAAAGACGUCCAAUGA